AUGACGCCGUACAGCCAAUGCCUGUCGGCGGCGCUCUUCCUGAGCACGCUGAACUUCACGAGUGUAUCCAUUCCAAGCUUUAACGAGAGCCUCUUGGGAGUCAAUGCCUUCAAUCUCACGUGCUUCGAUGUUUACAUGAGCGGCUUCGGCACCAGCUGGAUGCCCACCACGUCGUACGCUGGCAUCACUGACGGCGGCAACAUCCGCUGCCGCACAAAUUUGACGGCGUUCGCCUACUCGGGGGUUGUGUGGGCCGAUGUGGUGGUGCACCCGGGUGUGGUGCGACUCGCGCGCACGAUCGAGACACCCGGCUCGCCUCACAUGUGCAUCACAAACGCUUCCUCUAUCACAGAUUGCCACGUGAACGUUUCGGUGGUGGAUCUCCACGCCGAUCCUCCAAGCGGCCUGAUUGAUCUCAUCCUGGCACAGGCGAAGUCGUACGUGAACAAUCAUGCCAGCGACUACGUGUGCAAGGUAUUGGUGCCUCGGGGAGAGUCCAGUAUCAUGAAUAACACAUACCCCUAUACCCCCGAACGGGAAGACAAAGGCCGCAAGAUUACUCCCGUCAGUGAAUCACCGCUGAUACGUGCGCUGAUGUCCAUAGCAAAUCGAGUGCGUGUCGGCAACAUCCGGUUCUUUGUGGGAUCUCAACCUCAGCGCAUCAGUAUUCUGAUUUCCCACGCUGGUGGCACACAUGCCGGAUUCACUGGCGAUCUGGUGCCUACUCGUCUGGGUGAGUCUGCGGUCGAUUGGGCCCAAGGGCUGGUGGACGCAUACGUCCAGGGUGUCGUGCCUCAACCAUUGCCUGUGUAUGGGUUGCCGGGAGAGAUCAAGGACCUCGUGGUGGGGCUGAACACUUCACAGACUGUUUUUGCAACGUUCGAUGUGGAUGUGAGCGUCGCGGCUUCCAGUGCAAACUGGGUCACCAUCUACCUCCAACCUGGCGUGACCAUUGAAAAUCUGAGAAUCCAGGCGAACAGUGACGGACUCGGCAAUCUAUUGACACAUGUAGCUGCCCCCGAGCUCGAGAAACUCAUCAAUGCAAAAAUCGCCACCGCCAUAGCUGCCUUGGCGGGGUCUGCGGGCAAUGGUUCACACGACAAUGGCACCGCUAACGGUACACUGACGUUCUCCUUUGGAGAAAACACCGUCGUACGAGACUCACCGCUCUGGCUUCCUUUGAUCCUUAUCAGCUGUGUUGGAGUGGUUGUUGGUGUGUUGCUUGUGGUUCGAAACGUGCGGCGGCACCGAGAGCAGCCUGUUGUGAGCAGCGUCACCGGCGCGCCAUUGUCCACGUUUCGUAUCGUGGCAGAGGACGUCUUCCUGAUUGUCGGCGUUGUUGUCUGCCUACUGCUGUUUUCCGCAAGCAACACGAUGACGGGUGCCACGGUCGUUCUUGGCGACGAACUGCGCACGUACGCCUUCUCCCUGUCAAAUACCAUCACAGACCUGUGGCAGGCGGGACUCUUUCCGCUGUCCGUGUGCGUGCUUGUCUUCAGUGGCAUUUACCCCUACGUGAAGCUGCUCGGUAUACUCUUCUUCACCGUGUGGGCUCACCGUCCUUCCAGCCGCGCUCUCAAGCUGAUCGACUGUAUUGGUAAGCUCUCCCUUAUCGACACCUUCGCGCUCAUGGUGAUGGUGUCAGGACUCGAGAUCCCCUCUAUCGCGGAUGUGCGGGUUCAUCUGUCGUUCUACAUAUUCAUGUAUGCUACAAUUGUGUCCAUUGCGCUGGGCAACUACGCCACGCUGCUGUGGCGAGCAGGAACGACGCUGCGGGGUGACGAUACUCCAGUGGAGGACGCUGACGCCAACUCCACCCUUGGUAGCGCUCCAGGGGAGGCCGUGACAGCCCCUCUGGCAGAGCAAGAGGCGUCAGCACCAUCGAUGAACGGCAACAGCUUGCCCGGAGACGGCGCUUCUGUGCAGCUUCAAUCGGGAGAGCAUCGCACUUCUUGCUGGAGGCGAUUUACCGGGCCCGCCCUUUGCAUUCCGUUGGUGUUUAUGAUCGCGUGCAGCAUCCCUGCCUGGAUUUUACCAACGUUUCGGUACACGAUCGGAGGCUUCGCUCGGCUGCUGACGCCGCCAAGCAAAUCACUUACCCUGUGGACCCUGAGCAGUCUGGGCGGCCGAGAUGACGCGCUCGACAUUUUGGCGGUCGCUCUCUUCACCAUCCUCAUCGCGCCGUGCCUCUAUGUGGCGUUCUACCCCAGAUGCACCUUCCUGGCCUCGUGGUGCGCCGCAGAUGUGCUCUUGAUCGCCUGCGUGGUUGGUCUCCUGCAGCUGCAGCAGUUUGUUCGGUUUGUGCUGGGGGACAGAAGGGAUAUCCUCUACACAGCGCACGCCUCUCUGCUGUGGCCCCUGUACCUUCUGGCGGCUGCUGCGAUGCUGGUGUGGGUUUACAUCGCCCGCGACAUUCUCCACUAUGUCUUUGUGCGCAAGGAGCUGAUUGCGAUGCCACCUAGUGCGUAG